GCUAACCAGCCCACAACUUGCUCGACUCGGCACGACGGCUACCCACGGUAGCUGGAACUGUGGGUGUGGUUGGUCGACCCAGCGAGUACCUCCCUCAAGUGAGGCUUCGGGGCCCAGCAGGAACCGUUCAAUCCUCACACGAUGCUGCGCCGGGCAGAUGCAGCAGCAGCUGCAGCCGCCCAAUGGAGCUCUGCAAAAGCAACCGUCACUGCUGUGGCUGUACGCUGCUUGUCUCAGCGAAUACCUUAUCCUCAAGGAUUCCCGGCUUUACCGUCGUCAGCGAGGGGGGAUGGUCGCCGGUGCAGCAGCAGCAGCGGCAGCAGCUCGACGCCCGCCAUUGAUUUUGCGGUGCCCCCUGCAGUCCUGGACGACGGGUACUUCGAGAAGCCUACCCCCCUGCUCCUGGUCGCGGGGGAAGGUCGGCCGGCCGCCUGGUGGAAGGAUACCACCUCCUUCUUUGCGUCGAGAGGGUGCACCGUAGGGACCAUGGCUCUCACCGGAAGAGGGAGCUCUCCGACAGACACCCUCACCCUCAGAGCCCUCCAAGCCGGCGUCGCCGCAGCGGUAGACAAGAGCGGCCUCACACCCCCGGUCAUCGUGGCCCACUCCAUGGCGGGUUUCGUGUGCCAGCAGUACCUGCAGUCGUACUCCGCCUCUGGAUUGGUGCUGCUGGACUCCUUCCCCCCCGCCCCAGGAGCUCUGGCCAACGAGCACUUGCUGCGGGCGCGUGCUGGAGACCCUGGUGAACCCAACGAUCCGGUUGCUGGAGCACCUGCUAGCCUUGGUGCCCAGGAGCUUGCACAGCUGAUGAAGGACGACCCCGCGCACUGGGAAGGUCUCCUGAGGCGCUAUUUUUCCGAGUUUCAUCAGCACUCCCCAUGGCACAACGCUCCCCUGUCGUGCCCUAGAUAUGACCUUGAGCGCGGGGUCAUUAAGGAGGAAAACAGACACUCUCCGUGUUCAUCCCCGGACCCUCGGUUUCCGGUGAAGGCAUUCGCGCAAAUGUGCUUGAGUGAAACGUCCAGCACGCUUCGACUAGAGAGUCACGCCGUCGAGACUCUGGUGCUUGGAUCUGGUAUGGCCACCUCAGCCACCAGCACCUCUAAGACUGGCGGAAGUGGUUGUGCGGACGGUGGGGCUGCCUUGGACGACGCGAGGAGUGACGCCUUGAGCGCCAUUUGCGAGUUCCACGGCACCGACGGUUGGAGAGAGGUGGAUCAUCGGGGAGUUGUGACUGACGGGAAUGGUAUGCCGGAGAACGCUCCCCCGUGGCAGGAGGUAGUGUGGGAAUGGUAUGAUGCUCGUUUCUGAUGUCGUCAGCUGUGAAUGUGAAAAUUGUAAUGAGGAGACCCACUACGUUUCGCCUGAUGCGCUCUAUAGGAGUUUUGUGCAUAACCGGGAGGCAGGGGCCUGAUUUUGUUCUUCU